AUGGCUCCCAUCAUUCUCACCGUGACGUCGACUCUUCCAAUGCAUGCACGCAUAGCUCUGGCAGGGACAGCUGUCUUUACUAGCGGCAUCUCUACCGCUAUGGUUGCAUGGGCAGGCAGGCCCUACGUCGUGGCACUGCGUAGACUAGGUGGCGCACCGCAUACCGAGGGACAUGUACCAAACGACCAUACACCAUCCCACAACGACCUCACCCCCUCCGGCGUAGAAUUUGAGACACUCACAAUAACCAUGCGCACCCUUCGCACGAGGGUGUACGACCCGGUAUUCCUGGCCGACACACGCCGGCCGUUCGCGAAAUGGGAGUUGGCUGUGAUCGUGCAAUUGCCCGAGGCAGAGGCGAGGGAGGUGGUGCCGGGCAUGGAGGAAACUGUUGCGGAGACGUUUGAUAAGGAUGGGAAGGUUAUGGGAAGGUGGAUUGUCAAGUGGGGAGAAAAGGGAGAGGGCAUAUGCAGAGGGCAGGGCUGGAUCGUCAGACAUUAUAAUGUGCAGGAGGAUAUGCUUCCCGCGCCCAUACGAUGA